AGCACUUUGCCUAUAUGUUCUCCUUUUAGUAAUAACUGUUCUUCUACCAACAACAUUGGAGGCCGUGUUUCUCCAAUUAUCUCAAAUAUGAAUGGUGAUAUUUGUUGUCAACCUUCCAUCCAUGUUACAGUGGCACCCAUGCACGAUUCAGUGAUAGGAAAUGAUGUACAUGGCAAAGUCGGUUCCCUUGGUGGGAGCAUGAUGCCUAUUCCAAUAGGUGCUAAAAAAGACCCAAAGUUCUCAGACUUUGGAAGCUCAGACAAACAGAACCAUAGCUUUAAUCCUAUUUAUGAUCGGAUAUUGAGCAAUGGCAUUGGUAACAAAAGGAUGGAUACAGAUGUGAUUGGACAAAAGGUGCUUGAUUCUUCAGGCCUUGCACAAGAUUGCAGUAUCGAUAAGUCAAGAGCUAAUGGUCAGCUGACUUACAAGGAUGAAGAUGCAUUGGAGAUCACAAAGUCGCAGUGUGAUUUUAAUUCUACUGAUUGCAGCCAUGAUGGAUUUGCGAAUGCCAUGAUUAAGCCGGUUGAUGGAGAGCCGAAUGCUUCCAGUAGUAAGUCCAGCAUGCAACAUUAUAUAUGAGCUUCUUUUGCUCUUGGAUCUUGGUCAAGGAUGGAGGUAUUGCAAAACUUCAUGAUGUGCUUUGUCUCUUGUUUCCUUCAGCUAAUUUUGGAGCAUGAAACAUGUACUUUGAUAACAAAAUUUUAGCAAAACAGACAACAAUAAACUUUUAUUUUUGUUUUUUAAGCAUUUAAAUGAUAAUAUUCUAUAUGGCUUGCCAAUGUUUCUUUUGGUCACUCUUGAUGCUAAAUGCUUUAAUUCUAACUAUAUGUAGCUAACAAACCACCAUAUAUUUCAGAUUUGCAUUUUUGUAUGUAUCACCGCUCUUUAAGAUCUUGCAAGCAUCAAUUUACUAAUGCUGCACAUUUUGAUGAACACAUAAACAAGUUAAAAGUAUUAAAACUUGUGAAAUCAAGAUUGGGAUUUUUAAUUUUUAUUGUUUUUCGAUGCAAAUAACUUAUUAAUAAUUUAGCACCAAGAAAGUGGUGCUUUGUUAUAUUUAUAUAGAAGACAAAACACCUCGAUACAUUUUCAGUUUUAUAAUAUUAAAAAGCUAAUAUAUUUCUUAGUUAUAUCAUUGUUUUUUCUGAUGUAUUCACUAAUCUCUUUUUCUUUUUCCUCUUGCUGAAUGAGACCUUAGAUAUGCAUACAAAUCUGACCAAGGUUUGUCGUGCCAGUCAGUACCAGAUACUGUAUCGGACGUACUGUAUCCUACUGGUACCGAUCUAGUAUGUGGUACCGACCGUACCGAUACUCAGUAUGUCGAACUUUACCACUUCCAAAAAUUGUGUUAGACAUAAUUUACCAUAACAUAAAUGGAGUUGCUCAACUACAAACGUUUAAGCUUAGUAA